AUGAAGAAUUUUCUCAUUUCUUCUCUUGUUUUCUUCUACCUUAUGCUUGUGUCAGUGAGGUCCGAUGUUAUCCAAGAAACUUGCGAUAAAGCUGCAAGGGGUGAUCCUGCUACUAUAAGGUUGGACUUUUGUUUGUCAGCUUUUGAAGGGAAUCCCAAAGCCAAAUCAGCCACCAGUGUUGCGGAUUUAGUUGAAAUCUCCAUUGAGACAUCCAUAGCUAAUGCGACCAGCAUGGGCUCCUUAAUAACUAGCCUUUUGGAUAAAAAAAGCAUUGGAAUAUUUGCUAGGAAUUGCUUGGAAGAUUGCUCUGAGCUUUACUCUCUUGCAGUGUCUAAUUUACGAAGAGGUGGGAAGGCUUUUGAGGGUAAGGAUUUCGGAAGUGCUAAUAUAGAAAUAACUGCUGCCAUGGAUGCACCAAUCACUUGUGAAGACGGGUUCAAGGAGAAAGGGUUGGUGUCGUCAUUGACAAAGGAAAACAAGAAUUUUUUUCAGCUAACUGCUAUCCCUCUUGUAUUCAUGAAAAUGGUCCAGAAAUGA